AUGGAGCCAAUAGCUAAAUCACAUAAAUUAACCAAAUACCAUUUCUUUUUACGAACUCCUCCACUCUUAAAACUACAAUUUACAUAUCUCAUUUCGAUAGCAUUUGCGGCUCCAAAUGGAUAUAAUUAUGCAGCACAAAACUACAAUACUGGAUCUUUUAUACAACAUCCACACCAUCAGCAUGCUUAUAGUGCUCUUAAUUCGCCUCCAGUACAGCAGUUUUUAACUAAUCAUGCUACAGGAUUUCAAGCAGGUCCCUCCUAUCAACAAUUUAACCAUCUGUCAAAUGGUGGUGGAUUUAGUCAUCAUAGUGGACAGCAUCAUGUGCAACAACAACCAAUUGUUACAAAACAUAUUUAUAUACAUUCUGCACCAGAAGAACCAGAUGAAGAAGUGUACGAAGAUAAUUCAACUCAUCAACAGCAUAAACAUUAUAAUAUUGUAUUUAUCAAAGCACCAAGUCAAGCUGUACGUAAAACAGCACAAACCUUAGCAAAUGUUUUAAAUGAACAGAAGACAAUUAUUUAUGUAUUGAGCAAGAAGAACGAUUAUUCUGAAAUAAAGCAAGCUAUACAAAGUAUACCACAUCAACCGCAAAAACCAGAAGUAUAUUUCAUUAAAUAUAAAACACCAGAAGAAGCGCAACUUGCUCAAAAUACAAUUCAAGCCCAAUACGAUGCUUUGGGUGGUACAACGAAAAUAUCUGACGAAGGAUACGCUCCAGUAUCUGCCGUUAAUUCCGGUUCAGCAAAUCUUAUUAUUGGUGGAUCUCCUUAUUUACCACCAAACAAAGUUGAAGGUUUAAAAGUCACUAAGGUUUAA